AUGUGGGUGCUUUUACCAGUGACCACAUUGCUAUCUGUGCUGGGAGUUACACAUGGCCUCUUUGGAAAAUUAGAACCUACAAGCCCUGAAGUGCAUAUGAAUAUUAGCCAGAUGAUUUCCUACUGGGGAUACCCAAGUGAAAAAUAUGAUGUUGUGACUGAAGACGGAUACAUUCUUGAGGUCAACAGAAUUCCUUAUGGGAAGAAAAAUUCAGGAAAUAGAGGCCAGAGACCUGUUGUACUGUUGCAGCACGGCUUGCUUGCCUCAGCCUCAAACUGGAUCGCCAACCUGCCCAACAACAGCUUGGCCUUUAUUCUGGCAGAUUCUGGCUAUGAUGUGUGGCUGGGGAACAGCCGAGGAAACACUUGGUCCAGAAGAAAUAUAUACUAUUCACCAGACACCGUUGAAUUUUGGGCUUUCAGCUUUGAUGAAAUGGCUAAAUUCGAUCUUCCAGCCACAAUCGACUUCAUUGUUGAGAAAACUGGACAGGAAAAGCUGUAUUACGUGGGUCACUCCCAGGGCACCACCAUUGGUUUCAUUGCUUUUUCUACAAUUCCCAAGCUGGCUGAAAGAAUCAAAACUUUUUAUGCAUUAGCUCCAGUUGCCACUGUGAAGUACACAAAGAGCCUUAUAAACAAACUUAAAUACGUUUCUCCAACCAUGUUCAAGGCUAUAUUUGGUGAUAAAAUAUUCUUCCCACAAAAUUUCUUUGACAAAUUUCUCGCCACGCAAGUGUGUACCCGUGAGACGCUGAAUGCCAUCUGCAGCAACGCCUUAUUUAUCAUUUGUGGCUUUGACAGCAAAAAUUUGAACAUGAGUCGCUUGGACGUGUAUGUAGCACACAAUCCAGCGGGAACGUCUGUGCAGAACAUGCUCCACUGGACCCAGGCUGUUAAAUCUGGGAAUUUUCAAGCUUAUAACUGGGGAAACCCAGUCCUGAACAUAGAACACUUCAAUCAGCCCACACCUCCCUACUACAAUGUGACAGCCAUGAACGUGCCAACUGCAGUGUGGAGUGGCGGCCAAGACUUGUUGGCUGAUCCUGAAGAUGUUGACCUUUUGCUUCCGAAACUCUCUAAUCUGAUUUACCACAAGGAGAUCCUUCCUUAUAACCACUUGGAUUUUAUCUGGGCAAUGAAUGCUCCUCAAGAAGUCUACAAUGAAAUGAUUUCUAUGAUGGAUAAAGAUAAUAAGUAG